GUGGGAGUUAAAUGAGAGUAUUGGGAACGCCCCCUUCCUCCAUUUCUACUCAAAGGCAUCGGUGGGAGCAGCUGAGGAGCAUCAAAAAGGAGAAGGAGAGACACAAUUGGCCGACAGCGGAAACCCACGCCAGGCAGUUGAACAACUGUGAUAGUCGCACAGUUUUUAGGAGACCACUUGCUCCCUCGGCAUCGAUGGCCUCCGCGGCUCCGUUCAGCCGCAGACCGUGGGCGUCGCAGUCCCUGCGGGUCACCGCCAAGGAGAUGUCCAUCGUCUCCACCCGGGGGAAAAACAACGCCAUUGCGGAACGCUUCUCCAAGUACCAGAUGGCAGCAGAGGAGGGAAAUGCAGAGAAGAAGAAAGCGGUUGCAGAACCUCUUCCCUCCACGCUGCGCAGCGGGAAUCUGAGUUUUUUAAAGAAGCGCUGGGAACAGCAGCAGCAGCAGCUGUCCAGCCACAGACCCCAAACUCAGGCCUUCAUCCCGGCCGACCCUCAGAGCCCCGUUGGCCAACCAGCGGGUCCCACACCCACCCACAACCAGACCUCCAAAACCACCUCGGUCACACCAGACCAGGAUCCAGAGCCGGAGACGCUGCUUCAUCCGCAGACCAGUGAGACGAGCACCAGCCGGCUGCUCUCUGCUCAACGCGAGGAUCCGACCAACAUGGAGAAGCCGAGCAGAGGAUCAGAGGGGCAGGACGGAGCGACGGCCGCUGAACUAUCCGACUGUGAAAAGCCCAGCGUCCCCCUCAACAGCCUCAAGAUGAUGUUCGAGAAGGGCGAGAACCUGACCGACCGGGUUCCGAAAGAGCAAACGACUAGAGGAAACUGUGGUAAUACUGCCAACAUGGACCAGUCACAAGCAGAUGGAAGUCUCGCAGAAUCGACUCCCCUCCGGGACAGAAUGGCCCUCUACCAAGCUGCCAUCUCCAAACAGGAAGUCCCUCCCACCUCAGUCACUAGUGAUCAGCUGGACGGUUUCUGUGGGAAGCAGAAGGAAAACGUUCCUCCGUUCACUCUGGACCUGAGUACGGACUUUGAACCAAACAGCAGGAAAGGUUUUACCCCAGAGAGCAACGGCUCCACUACCGGUACUCCCGUAUCCUCCAAGACCCCCAAAAGCUUCUGUCUGCCUGUGCGGGAGACCUGUGUGGCCUGUCUGAAGACCGUCUAUCCUCUGGAGAGGCUGGUGGCCAAUCAGCACGUUUACCACAGCUCCUGUUUCCGCUGCUCGCACUGCAACACCAAGCUGAGUCUGGUGAACUACGCCUCCCUGCACAACAACGUCUACUGCAAGCCGCACUUCUGCCAGCUCUUCAAGGCCAAAGGCAACUACGACGAGGGCUUCGGCCACCGACCCCACAAAGAGCUGUGGGAGGGCAAAGCGGACGGCGGUGAGUCCUCGCCGCCGUCCAACGCGCACGCCAAGCCAAUGAUGCAGAGCUCGCCGUCGGCCCCGGACCUGCACAGCCCCAGUGUGGAGGACUCCCCCCUGGCUAAGGUCAACGUGCUGAUGGCCACCAUGGAGGCGCUGGGACAAGGAUCGCCAGAGAAGUCCGACAAGCCCAGUGAGGCGCGCAGGCUGAAGAUCUCCUGGCCACCGCGAACAGAGGUGCAGGACGCGGGUGGCGCCGUGGCGUCCGCCGAGGAGGGGUCCCCCGGCAAGCCCAUCAAAGCCAAGUGGCCCCCGGAGGAGGACUCUCCCUCCUCUCCGCCGGAACAGUCCAGAGAGACGCCCUGCCUGCGCCGGACCUCCUCCCUGAAGGAGCGCAGCAUGCCCUUCACACUAGCGGGGCAGGCUGCCGCCGCCGAGGCCGGCAAACCGAGCCCACCGUCGCCUGCCGUAGACGACGGGCCGCUCAGUCCCGAACCCUCCAGCAUGGAGCUGCAGCACGGCGGCUAUUCCCCGAGCAGCCUGACGCCCACUGAGGACAGCGUGGCCGUCCAUGCCAGCUCUGGGGGGGAAGAAGAAGAGGAGGAGGUGGAGGAGGAGGAAGAAGAAGAGGGGGGGAAGGGGGAAGAGGGUGAGAUGGAAGAGGGUGAGAUUAACACUGACAACAUGCCAGACCAUCUCACCAACGUGGUUGAAAACUCCCUGGAUGAACAACCUGAGAAGGAGUAUAAUGAGAGGAUGGAGGAGGAGGAGGAGGAAGACGACGACGACGACGACGAUGCCGUCUUGGAGGAAGAGAUGCUGCCUCUGAAACGGGAGGAGACACCAACGGACCUCUCGUCUCCUGAAGGUGAGGUGGAGGCCGGCCGGUCUCCUCAGGAUGUGGGGUUCUGGGACAGCGAGGAAGUGGCGGAGCAGCAGGAGGUGCUGACUGUGGAGGAUAUGAUCAAACGAAACCGAUACUACGAGGAGGAGGAAGAGGAUGUCUAGACUGAUCAACAACAUUACAACCAUGGACACUAGGAGGACUUCUCGCCACUCCUCCCUGUUUUUUUUUAGAUGUUCUUCUUCUCUUCUCUGUAGAGUUGCUGCAGUGUCUGGUGUGACCUCUUAUUGUGCCUCUUUUGAACACUUUCUGAAAUAGUUUUUACGAGACUGUCGAUCUGACAUUUUUUUAAAUGUGCAAAAUUUAAAAUGCUAAUGUAAAGAAUAUCUUUAGCACACAUGUCUAAAUGUUAUGACACAAUUAUUUUUGUGAUUUUUCUAGUUCCAUUGUAUGCCUCCUAUCAAUUGAAACCUCAGUCUUAUUCCAAGAUGUCGGGCUGUGCAGGCAAUGUUCAUUCUUAAUGGAGUCAUUUUUUAAAUAUUAAAGAUGUACUACCUUUUUUUUUUUUUUUUUUAGAAAAGUAAGCCCAGCACUGAGCCAUUACUGUAUUUGCAAGAUAAUGUGCUUGAUCAGUGUUUGAGUAAACAUCUAAUCUUUCUCUUUUCAGUUGACAUUCUAUUUGUAAAUGUAAAAAAAAAAAACCUUUCAAGAGUUACAACUGGAUUUAAUGAAUAUUGUAGUUUUUUUUUUUUAAACCAUGGACCAAAUAUCCUAAAUUACUGUUUAAAUAAAUUGUUAUA